ACCUUUGCCCUCCUCCUCCGCCGUGGAUUCCAAGAAACUCCCAAGAACUAUCCGUCUCCUCUCUCUCUCUCUCUCUCUGUGAUCCCUUCCAGCACGGCGCACGCUAAUCUCUCUGCCUACGCCCCCGCAAGCGCACGAUAGCGUCGCUCCCGGCCUUUUAUUGCCUUCUUAUCCCCUUGGUCUUCCCAAAGGCCUCGUUACCCUUACACGGGCCGGCGGGCAAGCUCGAAACCCUGAUUCCCUCGCCGGCGGUGUCCUGGAACCUUAUAGGAGGGUCAUCCGAUCGGAGCCGGUCUCGCCCCGGGAAGGUGGAUGAAUAACUGCCGCGGACGGCCGCUGAAGGAGCUGUAUGAUGCCACGAGGAAGCUCUCAGAACCGGAGAUCACUCCAGUAUUGCAAGGGACAUAUCGCAUCCAAGGACCUAUUGACGAGGCUAACUAUGAUCUACAGAGGACAGAUUCGGGUGAUUCUCCAGUUGAAGAAAGACACUUACUUGUGAAUGAAAAACUUCACGUCAGAGCAGAACCUGGUACGUGCAACAUAUGUUCUGCUCCUUGCACAUCUUGUCUGCACUUAAAGCGAACUGUGCUGAUCAUGGAAACAAAAAUUGAGGAUGAUCUUUCACAUGACACUUCUCGGAGAGCAGAAGAUAAUGGUUGUUCUGUUAUUGGUGACAAAGGGUCGAAUUAUGAGAGCAGAGAAUGUGAUGACCAGCAGCAUGAAUCUAGCGAAACUACUAAUUUUCUAAGCUCUACUUCAAGUCAUGGUUCAUGCUUUGAAAAUUUUGAAAGUAAAGCAAGAUUCAGAAUCUUAAUGAUGGAUGAUGGAUCGGAAGAUGUUAAAACACCCCAUAAGGAAUCUUCAGAUGAAACAGUUAAGUUUCCCUUGCAGCAAACCACUGUUUCUGCUGAUAGUGCCCUUCCCGUUCACAGCCAGACAACAUGUGAUCUGCACCAUAAAACACUCUCAGAUAUCGUUGAUGAGCAACAUGUGUUAGAAUGCCAUGGGGAUGGCAUUUCAUGUAUUACUGGUACUAAGAAUACCAGCACUGCAGUCCAUGCUCCUCAUAUGGACUCAGACAAUAAAAAUGCAACAUCCAGUAUUCCAUCAACUGGUAAUUUACUUGACAGAAAAGCUGAAAAGCCAGUCCGAAAUGAAGCUUGCCAUGACUGUCGUCUUGAUGACAUAAAAGAGGGUCAGAAUGAAUUUCAAAGGCCAAGCACAUUGCUUGAAGAAUCUUUCCAGAAGAAUAGUGGUUCUAGUUCUGCAAAAGUUGGCUCUCCCCCCAUGUAUGGACAUUCAGAGUUCCAUCCAUCAAAAAGUGAUCAUUCUUCCCAUCAUAAUUCUAUUUCUGAGGAAAGAAAUGUAUGCUCUCAACUUCCAGCAGUUGAAAUUCCAAAAUGCUUUAUAGGCAAAGAGGAAUCUUCACUAGCAGGAGAAUUAGUGGCUGGCAGUGUUGAUGGGCGAGAAUAUACUGCACUUGCAAACAGUGAAAUUAAUAAAGCAAGCUGCACAACAGGUGAAUCUGCUUCAAUUUCUCUAGAGGACACUGAUGCAUGCAUGGGAACUAAAAUUGGAAUGGGCAGUAGGAUCUCAUCUGAUGAUGCUAAGAAGGCCGGCUUCAUGAAAGAGCCAUCUGAAAAGUCCAAUUUGUUGUUAGAGACAGCAGAUACACAGGUAUCUGAGAUCCAACCUCCGACAACCUCUGACAAUGAAAUUGAGGAUGAUGUAAAAGUCUGUGACAUCUGUGGAGAUGCAGGUCAGGAAGAGUUACUUGCUAUUUGCAGUAGAUGUAGCGAUGGUGCAGAGCACAUUUACUGUAUGCAAAUGAUGUUGGAUAAACUUCCCGAAGGUGAUUGGUUAUGUGAAGAAUGCCAGCUUAAGGAAGACACUGAAAAUCAGAGGGCGGAUAAAUCUCAAGCAGCAAGUGAAAUGUUAGAAGUACCUUUUUUGAAUGAGAAAGAUCAGAGUUCUGGAAGCAUGUUUAACCCUAAAGUUUUGCCUAAUUUGGAGACCAAGGAAAUAAAUUCAGAUGUUAAAGGGGCUAAAGGGCUCCAAAGUUCUCAAAUCUCAAGUAAGAGGUGCACAGAGAAUAUAGUGGUAACUUCAGUGACCAGCAACAAGGUUUCUGAGGCAGGUGGUGGGUCAAUAGGGAUAACAAGUCCUAGGAAAAAUACUCUGUUAUCACGUGAGAGUUCAUUCAAUAACAUGGAUGUUGGAAAAGUAAAGCCAGCUAAUCUGUUGCCAUCAUGUGGAGGUCAGUCAGGGAGUGUCUCUCAGCCCAUGGCCUACUCACAAGCUUCUUCUGGUUCUAAUUCAUCCAAGAUUCAAGCGCAGUUUGAAUCAACAAGAGGAAUAUUGUCAAAGUCGGUGUCUUCCAAAAGCUUAAAAAUGCCAAAAGUCAAACAGUUGAUUGAAAGUGUUCCUAUUAGACAAAAAGUGACCAGUCUCAGAGACUCAAGAAAGGAGGGGUUGGUUAAAACAAUUAGAAAAUCUGCAUCUUUUAGGAACACGAGCUCAGGCUGCAGUGCUGAGUCAGCAAAUAAAACCCAGUCCCUUGAUCCACUCAGGGCAGAGGAUCCACGAGGAGUGAAACAGUUAAAAGAAAUAAAUGUAGUAAAUAGGAAAAAUUCUUCUAUAUCAGAUUGCCCUUCCAUUAGUCCUUCGCUGUCAGCUAGCACCAGCACUCCUUUUCCGAAGGUGGAUAUGAAGUGUAAACAGCAUGACAGGAAGUCGAACAAAAUUCCUGAUUCAAGCAAUGUUGGCACUGAUAGAGGAUCAAAUAAUGCAAACAAUCUAGGAUGUAAAGAAGUGAAGAAGCAGUCAUCAUUUUCAUCAAGAACUUCUGGAAGCACUCCUGCAAAUGGAUUACAAAAGUCUGAGGAUCCAAAGCCUUGCCAACCUGUCUCAAAGGAAAAUGGCUGUGCAAGUUUUGCUGCUGCUGCUAGAUCAUGCUGUAACCCAGACUCGACUCAACGAUGCAGUACACCUCAGGCUGCAGAAUCCACACAUCAAGAUGAUAAAACAAAGGACCAUACCUUUUCCAGCAGCUCAAGGCAAGCAGCUUCAGGUGGCAGUCGGAUAUUACAUUGUCAAACGUGCAAUGAAACAGGUCAUAUGACACAAUUCUGCGCAGUUGAUAAACCUCGCAUCUCUGCUGUUAAGCCUUCAGCUGAGCAAAAUUUAAGGGAGGGGAGUAACAAAAACAGUAAGUGGAAUGAUGUGGUGGAAGUGACAAAUUCAAAGCCUAGACCAUUAAAAAGUAUUAGAUCACCACAUCGGUCUGAGGAAAUUUCAACAUCCGGUGCUGAUCAGAAUUCUGACGUAACUUCUAAAGAUUUGCCAUCAGGUUCUUUAAGUUGUCCAAGAAAUCUACCUUCCAUGGAAGGAACAGCUAAUGGCAAAGAAAUCUUGAGAAGCUGUGCUGAUUUUGGCAAAGCAGCAGUUGCCAUUAAUGUGAAGCAUAAGACCUCUUACCAAGAGGAAACUGUAUGCGUCUCAAAAGAUGGCAAUAUAAAUACAGUUCUUAACACUUCAGUUAAGUUGAAUGUGAAGCCUCACAUGCAGAUCUUGCCUGGUCAAGCUUUCGUUCUUGCACAUCCAUUAAAAGCCUCAAUAAUUCCAAAGCUUGAAUUCAUUUGGCAAGGUGGUUUUAACGUGCUGAGAACCACGGGAUGUUCUGAGCUCUGUGAAGGUCUUCAGGCUCACCCAUCAACUAGUGUGUCGCCAAAAGCACUUGAAGCAGCAAUUCAGUUUCCUUGCAUAAUCCAACUGGAGGAAGUUGUUCGCCAUAGCACAUGGCCUGCACAGUUUCAGGAGAACAGUCCUAAAGAAGAUAAUAUUGCUCUUUUUUUCUUUGCCAAAGACAUUGAGAGUUACAAGAAUAAUUACAGCAAGCUGUUGGAAAAUAUGCUUAAGAAUGAUUUGGCCCUAAGAGGGAACAUGGAUGGAGCUGAACUUCUUAUAUUUCCAUCAAAUCUUUUACCUCAGAACUCUCAGCGAUGGAACAACUUUCUUUUCCUUUGGAGUGUGUUCAGAGAAAGGAAGGAAAAAUGCUUAGAUGACAUGCCUGCCUUGCAGGGGAAGUUCAAUAGGCCCAAUUUGAACAUGGAGCCUUUGGAUCAAGAUUUGCCUGCCCCAAUUAUUUCAGGAGUUUCAGGCUCCUCUGAAAUAAGUUCUCAAGAGAACUCAAAUAAGGAAUUAUCCAGGUCUGAAAGAUCACCGAGGAGAAAAAAGGUCAAUUUGACUAGCAGUGUAGACUUUCGAGAUAAUUCAUCUUCAGGAAAUAAGGAUAAGACUUGUAGUGCACAAGAAUAUUCUGUUGUAAAUCCCUUGCAUCGGGAAGCAGUUGAUAAUAAAAUGCCACUAAAGCAGGCUUCAUGUUCACUUCUUCUAAGCAGCUCAGGAAAAAGCACAUAUAGUACUUGUCUUGAAUCAAAUCUUUGGAUUAACUCUGAGCAAUCAAACCUAGGUGUUAAGGAUGAUGUCACCUGGCUGAAUAAUUUCAGUAACAAUUCAAAUGGCAGAGAAGGUGCUGAGCAUUUACAUCAUGCAAGUAGUAUACAGAUUAGCCAUAGUGAAGAUGGAGUCUCCGCUGCAUACUCACUUUCCUCAUACUAUCGACAAGAAGCAGGUACUGAAAUCAAAGAGAAAGACAGCUUUAUGAAUAAUGAAUCUGCUUUGAAUAAUGACACACAGGAGGAUGUGGUAGAGAUAGGCUCAAGGCCUAACAGAAAGCAAAUGCGAUCAAGCACCAUGGAAAAACUGUCACAUAUUUCUGGUGAAACAAUUCCGUGGAAAGAAGAGGCGAACUGUUCUCUUAGUGAUGAAAAAGAACACAAGAAGAAGAGGAAGCUCAACAAUGGAGGAGUUGUUGUUUGUUCUAGAGAAGAAAUUUUGAGCACUAAAUUGUCAUCAAAAGUAUAUCCACUGUCAUCUAGCUUCAUGAAUGAUAGCAUCCUCGAUGAAACAAUUCAUGAGAGCUCAGGAAGUGUUGAAAGGAACUUCUUUGCAGUGGAUUCAGGUCCCAUAAGGGGUAAAAAGGAUGAAAACUUCAUAUGGCUUUCUUCAGAUGAUGAAGAUUCACCAGAAUCCAAUGCACCAGAUCUUAAACUAGCUUUGGGAGGGAAAAAGAGAUCACUGGAACAGGAUAUUUUGCCCUUGUUUCCUUCAAAGUUCAGUGUAAAGAGUAGCAAAGAUAAGCCGCCUGCUCCUGUAGUGGAUGAUGGAGAUGAUGUCUCCACAUCACUUUCUCUGUCACUAGCUUUCCCUACCUUGGAAAAAGAACAUACAGACAAAUCUGUUUCUAAACAGAGCAGCUGAGGCCUGUCAAGCCUAGUGUUAACAUAUCCUUUUUCCUCUUUGGUAGCUUUGCUGACACUUGAAUCAGUCGGGAGUAUGCUAGGACUGUAAGUUUUAAACAACUGGUCUGAUCAUUGAGGAUCAUCAACGGCAAUGUCAGAGCCCUUGUCCGUGUUCAUUAUCCAUGCAAAAUCCAUUUCAUUCUUCCACUUUAUUUUUUCAUUUCUCGCCUCAUAGUGCAGAGUCACAGUUGUUUGUACAAAAAAGAAGGUAGGCUGCAAUCUUAGCGCCUUGUGGAGCUCUCAGGAUAUGUAUUUUGUAAGUCAUCAUGAUUACAUUCUUUGCCUUGUUAUGUCCAUUUUGUGAAAAUACAUGGGGCAUGUUUGGCAGAUGCUGUCUUGAUGUGGAUGGACACUAGGAUAUACCAGCAACUUAGAUGAUAAAGAGGCAUGCUAUAAGCAGCAAUUUUCUCUCUUUGUGCAACACUGAUCGGCAAGUUGGAUAUAUUGAAGCACUUGCUUGCUGAAUGGGGGUUGGUUCCCAAGCUGCAGCUACUGUUCCUCCCUCGUAUGCUGAAUGAUGUUGUUUGCUGGAAGCUCGGGUUAUAAGAAAUUCAUCAUGAACCCCUGUUUGCAGCAAUUCUCUGUUUGGAAUGAACAUUCCAAAGAGAAGUCUGAUUGGUCGUGGGGUGUACCAUGGACUCCAGCAUGGGUUACACAAAGCAUCAUAUCAUCAUGCCAGCCUGACAUGUCAGCAUGGAUCCUUGGACAUCAAUUCCAAUAAACCAAGAGAUGCCUCUUCAGAUUGAAGUAUCAGAGAUAAUUAUUCUGUUUAAGAUCUAGUUGCUAAGCAGGCUAAAUAUGUUGGUAAGUGAAGGUACAGGAUGUCGGACUCUUUAUCCACUUACUGAAAGUACUGGUACCUUGACAUUGUAAAGGCAUAUAUCACUGGUUUUGACAGUAAAAAAUGAGCACAAAUUAUGUUUGGAGACUCGGUAUCAUGAAUUCAAAAAAAUUUACUAAUUUAA